AUGCCCCGUAAGCAUAAAAGAUUACUUGGCAGCAGAAGUUACGCUGAUUACCCUCCAGCAAAUUUAGAAAGAUCCAUUGAACGGGUAGUUGAAGGUACACUAUCUAUUAGAGAAGCAUCAAGACAAUAUAAAAUUCCCUUUGGUACACUGUAUAACAGAUAUAAAGGAAAACAUAUUGGCACCUACGGACGUCCUACUAUUUUCACCAAAGGAGAGGAGGUAGCAAUUUUAAAAGCAGCCGCUAAAUGUGCUGACUGGGGCUUUCCUUUAUCUAUUCAAGACCUACGAAUGAUGGCAAAAUGGUAUUUGGAUCAACAAGGAAAAAACGUGGCUAUAUUUCAAAAUAAUCUGCCUGGUAUUGACUGGGCAUACAGCCUACUUAAUAGGCAUAAGGAUUCGUUUGGGCAACGACUAGCAACAAAUAUUAAACGUGCUAGAGCUGCUGUUUCAAGAGUUACACUAGAAGAGUUUUAUAAUAACUUGGAGCCAGUAAUUAAAGAUUUGCCCAGUUUCAACAUUUUCAACUAUGACGAAUCUAAUUUGUCAGACGAUCCAGGGAAAAAACGUUGCAUAUACAAAAGAGGCAUUAAGUACCCCGAAAAAGUGAUGAAUCACUCCAAAAGUUGUACCACUAUUAUGGUAUGUGCUGCUGCAGACGGAACUCUUCUCCCUCCCUACGUCAUUUAUAAAAGCAUUCACCUGUAUGAUACGUGGAAGGAAAAUGGACCGUGUGGUUUACCUUGCUGCGAUAAACCAUGCUGCAACCAAGGGACGAGGUAUAAUCGUACUCAAAGUGGAUGGAUAGAUGGCGUAACUUUUAGAGACUGGUUCACAACUUGCUUUUUACCCCAUGCACGACGUUUAAAAGGAAGAAAAGCUUUGAUAGGAGAUAAUUUGUCGUCACACAUGGAUGUUGAAGAUCUUAAGAUGUGUGCUGAACAUGAAAUUGACUUCAUAUGCUUAGUUCCAAAUUCUACCCAUUUGUGCCAACCACUGGACGUGGGCUUUUUCAGGCCAAUGAAACAGGCUUGGAGGACGACGUUAACGGAUUGGAAAUUACAAAAUUUGCGACUAAGUACAGUUCCAAAAGAUAUGUUUUCAUGUCUUUUAAGGAAAACAUUAAAAACUCUUGACGAAGUCACUCCUCGAGUUUCGAAAGGUGGUCCAUCCCAACAAACGGAUAAAAUUGCGUCAGCAGUAAAGCGAAAUUUAAUUAGCUCCUUUCGUUCUACUGGUAUUUAUCCGUUUUGCCCGGGUGAAGUUUAUAAAAAAUUGCCAACAGAUGACGCUCCACAAGAUCCCACGGACGCCGUUGAAAAUGCAUUAACUGCACUUCUAAAGGAGCAAAGAUUUGGAGGACCAGAGAGACCAAAAACAAGAAAAAAGAAACUAGAUGUAGCUCCCGGAGCUAGUGUGUCAACAGCAAUAAUUGAGCAGCAAUCAGAAGAUAGUUCAGAUAAAGAAAGCCACAUAUCACAGUCAGAUGAAUCCGAGUCCGAAAAUGAAUCAGACUUGUUAGAAAAUGAAGAAAACUACGAGGUGCAGUCUGAAGUAGAUAAGGUUCAAGCAGGUAGAUAUAUUUUAGCAAAAUUCUUAUCUCAGAGAGGAAAAAAAACUUAUAUCUAUGUCUGUAAAAUUUUGGAGGUAGAGCCGGAAGUAAUAGUCAUAGGCUAUAAGUCCAUAAAACCCAGCAAGACAGAAUUCAAGAUGAUUGCUGCCGACAUAUCCCAAAUUAGUAAGGAGGAUAUAGUUGAAUUUUUACCAAAUCCCGCAUCUAUAGAGUGUUUAGAUGGAAGCACCAAAUGCAUUUUUAAAAAAGACAUUAAAGUAGUUGAAGUUUAG